UGAACAACACUGGCCUAGUGAAUGUUGGCUAAAGCAAAAUGGCCGCCAGUAAACUAAGCGAGUCUGUCAGCCGCCCAGGGCUCGUCUCUCUUCGGUCUACAGCCUGAAAAGCACGGCGGAGGGCGAAAGGACAGCCGACUGUCAACAUUGGAGUCACCUUUAACGUUCGAGCGAUGUCGUUUCUUCUCCAAGUCAGCCUUGAAAGCCUGGAGGAAGGAGCUCGCUAAGCUAGCUUGCCUCGCUAGCCGAAGCCCUUUUUUUUUCUUCUUCUUCUUCUUCUUCUCCUUGUUGUUGUUUUGUUUUUGCACACACGCACUUUAUCUCCCAUGUGAUUCCCGAGACAGGAGAAUCAGGAAAGGGAACAGCCGUUAAUGGAAGACAAAAAAAAGAAGAAAGACGAUAAAAAGAAAAAGGAAACCUCUCAGAAGGUGCCAGAGCAGAAAAUCAACGUGCCAGAAUCAGCCAAGCCCUCGGGUUCACAGCAACUCGCCACCCCAGCCUCAGUCUCCCCCAACCCUGGCCCCAGUACCCCAUCAUCCCCUGGUCCUGGUGCCACAGGGCUUUCUGCACCAGUUCCCCCUGGUGGCGGGAACAAUGCAAAGCAGCGUACUGCUGUGGCCAACGGACAGCCCUCCUCCCCUUCUGGAAACCAAACCUCCCAGCAGCAGCGAUACAUGUCCCGAGAGGUCCCACCAAGAUUUCGCUGCCAGCAGGACCAUAAAGUGCUACUGAAGAGGGGGCAGCCACCACUGUCCUCCAUGCUUCUUGGGGGUGGCAGAGGAGAUGAUAGCACUAGUGGGAAUGGGGUUGGGAGUGGCUGGGGAGCCACACCAACUCUUUCCGCCCAAGACGCAGAAAACUCCAAUGCAGACACAGGGCUGGGUACAUCCUCUCCUUCACCAACCAACACUUCAUCCUCAUCAUGUGUGACUGCUCUGUCGUCUUCAUCUACUACCACUUCAGCUUAUGCAAAUUCCACAUGGGGGGCAGGAUCUGUCAGCCUGUCCUCCUCUCAGGGUUGUGACAAGAUUAUUGUGGAUAGGACUGAUCUGGACAACUGGCCUAGCAUCCUAGGCUCAGCCAAAUUGAGUUCUGAUGGGUCCGGAGGAGGGACGCAGGAGCAAGACUGCCCUGGUAACAAAAACAGUAGUGCCUCAUGUAGUGAAAGAAACAUCCAGCAGAGAGGGGGAGCAGUUGAAGGAGGAGCAGGGAAAGUGGACAAUCCCUCUCCACCUUGUUCUUCUCUUCCUUCCUCCAUUUCAUCACAAAACGAAUGUGUUCAGACAGGAGGUGGUAUAUGGAGCUCUUCCACCUCCUCUCGGGUGGAGGCAGGGUUUGGAUCGGCAGCAUUUUAUAAUUCCAAAGUCUCCAAUCUGCUUCCCGGGCCUCAAGAGAGUCCUGUGGAUAGCAACAGCAGUCUCCCUGGUGCCAUUUUAAACCCCAAUGUGAACCCCUCUGCAUGGCCAGCACUAGUACAGGAGGAGGCCUCAACUUCAACAACUUACAGCCUUCCUGUACACUCGUCCUCAUUUCCUGACAGUACCACCUCUCCCUCCCUUGAGCUCACAAAGACAGCAGAAGUAGAGAUGCCUAGAGAACUGCAGGAGCCCUUGGAAAACCCAACGUUAGAGCUAAGUUCAGGUGGAGGAGCACUUGAAGCAGAACCAGGACCAAAAAAAGAAAGUGUGGACGAAAGGGUUUCUAAGUCUGACAUCAAUGGAGAAGAGAAUGGGAAUAACUCUGGCUCUCUGUCUUCUUCCGAUGCCUCCUCUUCAUGGAGAUCUUUGCCCGCUGUGCCCUCUACGGGUGCCUCACAGGAAGAUCAAUGGGGAGGAGGGGAGACUCAAGCCCAGGGGCAGGAAGGGAAUCUGUGGGGCUUUGAUAACCAGGGUGACAAUACAGGGUGUGAAAGAAGAAAGGGUGACGUUGGCUCAAAUAUCCAAAAGGUAUCUCAGGGAGUGUGGGAAGACAGAAGUUCAGAAACCGAGUGUGGCGACCUAGCAGAAUGUGUAAGUAACUUGGCAAUAGUGGGUGGAAAAGGAGAAGGUGGCAGCAACAGCGGUGGCAGUAGUAGUGGAGUCAGUGAAGGUGGCGGAGGCAGUGCUUUGUCAGACUCUGCGUCACCAAAGUUUGCAGCUAUGGAAAAUGCUUGGGACAAUCAGAAAGUGAUAGAUAGUGGAGAUGCAGUAGAACAAGAAGAAAAAGGCUCUGUAGGCAAAGGACCAUCCUCUUCCAGUGGAGAUGGAAGUGAAAGUGGUGGAGAAGGGAGUGUUAGUGGGCCGGGCAAAAAGGAUGAAGUCCAGUCUGUGGUCCACCCCUCCCAACAGACCUCCAAUGCUGAAGUGGCCUUACUUGGCAUGCUCAAUCGAUCUGACCUGGAUCCCAGGGUUCUGUCUAACACGGGAUGGGGACAGACCCAGAUUCGACAGAAUGUGUCCUGGGAUUUGGACAAGACCACAGGAGUGGGAAACAGAAAUGAAAAAACGUCAUCUUCCACAUUCACAUCAGGAUCAAUGAACACCAAUAAUCGCAGUUCUGGGUACAUGUCUAAUUCCAGGGUAAAUAGUAAUGAUCAGUCUGCCAGCAGCCACAUUGACAGCAUGAACACUGGCCCUGCUUCAGCAAGAGAAUCAUGGGAUGGUGGUUCCUCACAAGUUACUAGUACUUCUCCCAUGUCUGAUGGCAUCAUACCGAAGCCAGGAAUGCCUGCUAUGGAGGGCAGUAAAGGAAAGGCUGCUCGUGGUUGGGGUGAUCUUCCACCUGAGAAUCCGAGCAAAGGAUGGUCUGACGAACACAGCUGGGGGGACCAUAAAGGAGGGAACUGGAGGGAUAAUGCGGAACAUACCAGUGGGUGGACAGUUCCUCCAGAAGAUAAAGGGACAGUUGGAUGGAAGGGAGCCGAGAGAGCAAAGGUUGGUGGUUGGGAAGGAGACUGGGCCCAGAAUGAUUGCAAACCUAGUGGUGGGUGGGGAGAUGGGCGAAACAGAAGCGCAAGCAGCUCUGAAAACGUAUCCACUUGGGGUAACCUGGAUGAAGGUGGAUCUCAACGGGGCGGAUGGGGAGACACAUCUAAGUCUCACCAGGACUGGGGGAGUUCCAAGCACACAGCAGCACAGCCAAACAGCCAAGUGGCAACAAUGAAAACCCCAAAUCAGCAGCAUCAAUCACAAGGGCACCACCCACCAGGAGGAACCACCCAAGGAGGCUGGGAAAGCCGGGCUAGUGUUGUAGCUGGGGGUCCACCAUCCAAGAAUCAGAACCAAAGUCCGGGCUGGAUCUCCGGCCCAAUACCACAGAUUUCUGGGGAUGACUCAAUCGAACCCAGUGGCUGGGAUGAGCCCUCUCCCCAGCCAAUCGGUCGCAAAAUGGAAAUUGACGAUGGAACUUCAGCCUGGGGAGAUCCUACCAUCUACAGUGGAAAAAAUGUGAACUUGUGGGACAAAAAUAGUGCUUCAGCCAGUGAAAGCCAGGCUCAGCAGGCCCCAACACCACCUAGCAUGUCCAUGCAGCAGCAGCCACCUCGACGACAACCGGGAUUUCAACACCGGGACGCGAACUCUGGAAACACAGCCGUUGCCGCAGGUCCUGGCAUGUGGGGAGGAGGCACGCAAUCUGUUGAUAAUGGCACGGUUGCGUGGGGCCAAUCAGAACCAGCUGCUGGUUGGGGUGAUGCAGAGGAUCCUGGCAAAAGGUCUGGCUGGGGGAACCUGUCCCCUGGCCCGAAUAAUCCAGGCACCAAAUCGAUGGAAACAUGGGGUGGAAAGGGAGAGGGCUCAAUGGCCGCCUCCCGUCAUCCUAGCUGGGAAGAGGAAGAUGAUGGAGGGCCUGGGGUCUGGAAUAACACUGCCUCCCAAGGAAGUGGUUCCUCCUUCAACUCUGGAGGCUGGAGUCAUGGAGGAAGGAGAAGCAACAUGAAGGGGGGGACUGGAGACAGCUGGAUGAACCCGAUGUCACGGCAGUUUUCAAACAUGGGUCUCCUGGGUGACGACCCGAGCUUAGAUAAGAAGAUGGACGCUGACAAGAGAGGGAUGAGCGACUACAAUGGGGAGAUGAGGAGAGGCGGAAGAGGUAGCGGUUACCGUGUUCCUAAUUCCAAAGACAUGAGUCCUGUUGACAUGAGCGGCUAUGGUGAAAAAAUGGGUAGCCAUGGAAUGUAUGUUGGCAGCGGUGGGGGGAUGCCUCCGCCUCGAGGGAUACACCAGCCCAGCGUGCAUCCUAUGAACCCCUCUCAGGGGCUACGUGCUCAAGUGCCUCAUCCAUUCCUGUCUGCUCAGGUGCCGGGGCCAAUGCUGAAGCAGAUGCCGUCUCCUGGUGGCAGCGUGGUCGGAGGAGUAGGCGGUCUCGGUUCCGUUGGAGGGGCUGCAGGUGUCGGUGGAGGCGUGUUCUCUCAGAUUUCCCCACAACAACUGGCAGUGCUGAGUAACCUCUACCCCCACGUGCAGCAGUUCCAUCUGGCUUGUCAGCUCUUGCUACAGCAGCAACAACAGCAGCAGCAGCAGCUCCUGCAAAACCAGCGCAAGUUCCCUCAGCCACAGCCAAUAAGACAACAGCCAGACCCACAGCAGCUGGCAAGGAUCGUUGCUAUUCUGCAGCAGCAAAGACAUCAACAUGGUGGAGCAGCUGUAGGGAGCUCCAAAUUGUCUCCCUCUCACCGUGGAGGAAGUCUGUCUAACCAACCCAUGGUUGACUCCUUCCCACAUCCCGCCUCGGACCUUCACUCCAAAAUGCAAGGGAUGUACUCUGGGUUAGCCCCCGGUGGUAACAUGUCAGGAUUGGAACUGGGAAGUCCCAUGAUGGGGGGCAUGAAGGACAUGGGAGGACAGCAGUCGCGCUUCAAAUGGAUGAUGGAGGGUCAUUCCCCGGCUCCAUCUCCCCCGGACUCCAGCCUUCUGAAGAACGGCUCCACAGAAAACUGGCAGCGUACCCCUGGGAGUAAAAUGGGGAACAAACCCUCCACAUCCAGUUGGCCACCAGAGUUCCAGCCUGGGGUGCCCUGGAACGGAAUCCAGACUAGCGGAGAUCCAGAAUCUGAUCCCUACAUGACCCCCAGCAGUGUUCUUGGCUCCCCAGGACCCCCGACCCUCACUGAUUCGGACCAUCAGUUAUUACGAGACAACAUAGGGCCCAAUGCUGCCCUCAACACCUCGCUGCCUUCACCUGGUGCCUGGCCCUACAGUGCCUCAGACAGUCCACUCAGCAAAGCACACAGUACAGGAAAGUACUCCGAAUACAAGCCCAGUUGGCCCCCGGUGCCCAUCGGACAAAACAAGUCGUGGAAGGCCAAUCGCAACAGUUCACAGCUGCCACGCCCCCCUCCUGGCCUAACCAAUCAGAAACAAGGCACACCCUCUCCUUGGGGAAGUGUGGGCCCACGGAUAGCCCGGGGAUGGGGAGGGGGCGGUCUCAGUCAAGACUCUAGAUUUGGGCCAGGCACUUCUUGGAGCGAUGGGAUGGCAUCAAGAGCCAGUUCCUGGUUGCUGCUGAGCAACCUGACACCUCAGAUCGAUGGCUCCACCCUGAAGACUAUCUGCAUGCAGCAUGGUCCCCUGUUGACCUUUCACCUUGGCCUUACACAGGGCAGCGCUCUGAUUCGCUACAGCAGUCGUCACGAGGCAGCCAAGGCCCAGGGUGCACUGCACAUGUGUGUACUCGGCAACACCACCAUCCUGGCAGAGUUCCUGAGCGAUGAGGAAGUGGCUCACUAUUUUGCACAUUGCCAGGCCGCGGGUACCGACGGGACCGGCGCCGGAAAGGCAGUGACUCCCGGCUCGUCCGGAACCGGCGCCGUUAUGACCCAGAGUGGGGUUAGCUCUCCAAGAAGCGAGGGGGCGGCAGUGAGCGCCACCUCGGGUGGGGACACCGGCGCCGGAGGCGAAAGCGGGCCAGGGGGUCCCGGCGUCUCCGGCUGGCAGAGCCUGGACGGUACCGGUAGCUGCUCGGAACCCCCCUCGGCCCAAGGACCCGGCCUGGGGAUUUUCUCCCAGUGGAGCACUAAUGGAGCAGGGGGAAGUGUCGGGGGGGCGGAGUCUGCCAGGUCAGGACUCUGGGGGGGCAUGACCCCAGGUUACCAUGGCAGCAGCCUGUGGGGGGCGCCACACAUGGAGGAAAGGCAACAGAUGGACAGUCCUGCUGCUUUGUUGCCAGGUGACCUGCUGGGGGGAGGAGCCGAUUCCAUGUAGAGGAUCUCACCUUGUAGACGUGGACUCACUGAUACUGCACACACAUCACCUGCUCUAGUACACCAACAUCACCUGCUCUAGUACACCAACAUCACCUGCUCUAGUACACCAACAUCAUCCAUCACCUGCUCUAGUACACAUCAUAGAUCCAUCACCUGCUCUAGUACACAUCAUAGAUCCAUCACCUGCUCUAGUACACCAAAAUGAUCCAUCACUUGCUCUAGUACACAUCAUAGAUCCAUGACCUGGUCUAGUACACCAACAUGAUCCAUCACCUGCUCUAGUACACAUCAUAGAUCCAUCACCUGCUCUAGUACACCAACAUGAUCCAUGACUUGGUCUAGUACACCAACAUGAUCCAUCACCUGCUCUAGAACACAUAGAUCCAUCACCUGGCCUAGUACACAUCAUAGUUGCAUCACCUGCUCUAGUACACAUCAUAGUUGCAUCACCUGGUCUAGUACACAUCAUAGAUCCAUGUUUGCAUAUCAGAAAUGUGAGACACGCUUAGACACAUUCUUGUGGCCAGACUUAAGCUAUUAUACAUAUAUACAUACAUAUAUAUGUGUGUGUGUGUAUAUAUACAUACAUUGUGUACGUGUGUGUUUGUAUAUACAUAUAUAUAUGUAUGUAUGUGUGUAUAUAUAUAUAUAUAUAUAUAUAUGUAUAUAUAUGUAUGUAUGUAUAUGUAUUAGGGCUGCAACUAACGAUUAAUUUGAUAAUCGAUUAAUCUGUCGAUUAUUACUUUGAUUAAUCGAUUAAUAAUCGGAUAAAAGAGACAAACUACAUUUCUAUCCUUUCCAGUAUUUUAUUGAAAAAAAACAGCAUACUGGCACCAUACUUAUUUUGAUUAUUGUUUCUCAGCUGUUUGUACAUGUUGCAGUUUAUAAAUAAAGUUUUUUGUUUUUUUUAAAAGCCUCUGUGCAUAGCAUAGAUCCAACGAAUCGAUGACUAAAUUAAUCGGCAACUAUUUUUAUAAUCGAAUUUAAUCGAUUAGUUGUUGCAGCCCUAAUAUAUAUAUAUAUAUAUAUAUACAUACACACACACACACACA